AGGGGGUCAAACAUCAGAAUCGUUUUUAAAAGGCAGUUUAUUCAAUGGGCGUGGUUUUAUGAUGCAUUCUCUUUAUCUCUUUACGCUGUCUUCUUGUCUGCACGCUGAUUAACUCAUGAGCGCGUAAUUUUUGGGUACAUAGGGUUUUUGUGUGUAUUUAUUUUGCUUUUCUCCAUUCGGAAAGUUUUUCAAACGCACGUUUUUUUACUCGUCGAAACACAAUUAGCAGUUUGAGACUCUGUAGAAAUGCCAAUAUCAUCACUCCCGUGCGCUUUCAAGAUAAUAUGGAUAUUUCUGAUCAGUCAGUCGAUGGGCACUGGAUUUAUAUAUCAGUUUCCCGUUAGGCCUUUACAACGCGUUAACUCAGAGCAGAGCCGGAGCACCGGUUCACCGGGUAGCGGAUCAAACAGUCAUACCAGGAACUGGUGCCAGUACACAGUGUCCAGAACAGUGACGUGCCAAGUUCACAAUGGGACCAAGACGACAGUGCAAAGAAUAUUCCAGGGCUGCCAUUGGCCAGGACCCUGUGCCAAACUCAUCAGCUACAGGACCCUGGUUAGGCCGUCUUACAAGGUGGCCUAUCGCCAUGUCACUGCUCUGGAAUGGAGGUGCUGCCCUGGGUUUAUAGGUGACAGAUGUCAAGAAGAGUGCAUGAACUGUACUGGCUUCACUGUCAUGAACCGCAGGCUGAACUUCAUUGAGUCUAAGAUUGAGCUACUAGAGGGCGCAGUUUCACCAUUCAUCUACAACUCAACAGACGUCUCCAGUGAUAACGAGGUGGACACUCCUAACCCAACCCCAAUAGGCAAUCCAUCCAUCCUGAUGCCAGGAGGAAGGGGACCACCAGGUCCAAUCGGACCACCAGGAAUAACAGGACCACCGGGCAAGGCCGGGGUUUCAGGGAAGCCUGGGCCAACAGGGCCAAAGGGAGAGAGAGGGCUACCAGGAGAGGUGGGUCAACCAGGCUUCCCUGGACCUCCGGGCCCCCCAGGGUCAUACUCCUCCUCGACCGGACUGAGGGGUGACAUGUUUGGGCUUGACGAGCAGGAAUCUGUAGCUGGACGCCCCGGUCAACCAGGACCCCCAGGACCAGCAGGUGUUCCUGGUCCUCCAGGGCGAGAUGUGGAGGGAGGCCUCCCAGGCCCGCGUGGGGAUCCCGGGCCUAAAGGUGACUCCGGAGAGAGGGGACCUCCAGGAUUAACAGGGGAGCAAGGUCAGCGAGGGCCGCCCGGACAGAAGGGGGAACCAGGAGAGGGCUUGCAUGAGCAGGAAAGAGUGCAGCAGUUAAAGGAAGCUCUCAAGAUCUUGGCAGAGAGAGUUCUGAUUCUGGAACACAUGAUUGGCAUCCAUGAGAGUCCAGUGGAGUCAGGCUCUGGACUGGAAACUCUACCACAAGCCAAAUCGACCAUCAAGUUCAAACGUCCCCAGCCUCAACAGCUCUCUUCCCGUCCCCAAGGUGUUGGGAGUUGAAGAAUGGCAGUGUCUUUUUUUAGGACACCAAUGACAGUGUUUAGUGUGUGUGUGUUCGCGUGAAUAUACAGUUGUGCUCAUAAGUUUGCAUACCCUGGCAGAAAUUGUGAUAUUUUGGCAUUCAUUUUGAAAAUAUGACUGAUCAUGCAAAACAUUUUUUUUUUGUUUAAGGUCAUUUGAAGCCAUUUGUCAUCACAUAGUUAUUUGGCUCCUUUUUAAAUCAUAAUGAUAACAGAGAUCCCCCAAAUGGCCCUGAUCAAAAGUUUACA